AUGGAAGAUCUUUGCGAAACCACGAGAAGGAAAGAUUUGAAUGCGACGGCUUCGUGGUCGCUGAGUUUCUUGGAGCUCAAAAUGGAUGCAAUAGCAGCCUCCAGCUCUGAGAGAAUGUCUUUUAAUGAUUCGGGCAUCAAGUAUGCAAGUCUGUUCAGCUCUGUACCGCCACUGGUUCUGAGGUCUCUAAUCAACUCCCGUUCAUCAUCAGUAGCAUCAACAGGAUAG